AUGUCCACACGUCAACAUGACAGGCUCCUCCAAGAGGUGGCGCUCUUGAAGAAGUUCAACCACCCAAACAUUGUACAAUGUUAUGAUCAGUUCUUAAACAAGAAUAAGAAACAGGUCUACAUUAUGAUGGAGUACUGUGAGAGUGGAGAUCUGUCUCGCCUCAUCGAACAUGCCAUCAAGAAAGGAAAGUCAAUAAAAGAAGAAUUCAUUCUUCAGGUUUUGGUGCAACUUGCCUCAGCACUGAAGCACUGCCACAGACGUCCUGAUGGGAGUGUUGUGCUGCACCAGGACCUGAAGCCAGAAAAUGUUUUCCUCCAAAAGAACCUCACCGUCAAGCUCGGUGAUUUUGGGCUGGCAGAGAUCCUUCCCACCAAGAACGACUGUUCACAGUCAACAGCUGGGACUCCACUGUACAUGUCUCCAGAAAAAACAAAUGGCAAAGUUUACAACGAGAAGUCGGACAUCUGGUCUCUGGGGUGUCUGAUUUACUACCUGUGUGCCUUAAAGCAUCCAUUUAGUGAUGAUGGAGGAAAAAAUCUCUCAGACCACAUCAACAGUGGGAAGUUCAAAAGAAUCCCGUCCUGCUAUUCGGACAAGCUGGACUCCCUCAUCAGGGACAUGCUGCAAAUCUGUGUGAGUCACACGUUCAUCUACUCUGCUGCUAUUUCAGACAUUUCUUGUCCGUCCUCUACGGAGGACUUGAGGUCCUCAGCUGAGGACAUCCUCAGCAGAUGCCUGCAGACUGAGAAGGCUGCUGAGGAAAAAAGAUCACACAGUCCUGAUCAGCCGCCUGCAGACGUCAGGCCCAAAGAGGAGGAAGUCCAGAAACCUCCAAAGAGAAAACGGAAGCUGGAGUCUGACCACAGUCAAAAAUCGAAGCGGAGGCGGAAAGGUAAUUUCUACCUGCCCGGCGUUUCCGCCUGA